AUAUUACCAGCCAAUCAUAUUUUGUUUUUCAACUCUCCCGCUUUAGAAGAUAAGAAAACGAAAAUAACGCGAUAGGCGAAGAUAGACGGAGAAAAAUGCCAGAUUCAAAAUGAUCAUUCGCAACGUGACUGUUGUUUAUGUCUAGUUGAUUGCAAGAAAACUGUGGAUAUAUUUCACAAUGUUAAAUACACAGUAUUAAAAAUUGCGGAUGUAUAUCGAAGUGAUAUCAGAGUUUCUAAUCAUGAAAGAAAUGAAAAAGUGACGAGAUGUCAGAGGAUCGAAGCUACUCAGUCGCCGACUCUGCGGAUGUGACUGUCCAUCGUCCAUUCUCCUUUUUCCAAAGGUUCUUUUUCUGGAAAAACAGGAAAAGGCCUCCAGAUAAGCCCCUGAGGAUCGUUAUGAAUAAUGUCACCCUGCAAGAAAAUGUUCCCCCGAAACUUCACCCCCACAAAGGAUAUGCCUGCAAUCGGAUUCGAACCACGAAGUACACCAUUCUAUCUUUCAUUCCAAAGAACCUUUUCGAACAAUUCCACAGGAUAGCCAAUUUAUAUUUCAUUGGCAUAGUGCUUCUAAACUGGGUGCCAAAGAUUAACGCUUUUGGCAAAGAAAUAGCUAUCAUUCCAGUUAUGUUUGUGCUCGGUGUGACUGCGAUUAAAGAUUGGUUUGAAGAUUUCCGGCGAUACAAAUCGGAUAAAAGGAUUAAUAACUUGACCUGCAGAGUUUACAGUCGGCAGGACCAGCGCUAUGUGAAAACAUAUUGGAAAGAAGUGAAAGUAGGAGACAUGGUGCAUCUAUCGUGCAAUGAAGUAAUACCUGCAGACAUCCUGCUGAUGAAGUGCAGUGAUGACCAGGGACUAUGUUAUCUUGAAACGGCCAGUCUGGAUGGAGAGACCAACCUCAAACAGAGACAAGUGGUCAGAGGAAUCAUGUCCUCGGGAGAGCCCUUUCAUCCAUCUACUUUCAAUGGAAGAAUAGAAUGUGAUCCUCCAAAUCACAGGAUAUACCAUUUUAAUGGUUGCAUAACCUUAUCUUCUGGUGCCAAAGUGCCUAUUUGUAAAGAAAACUUGCUAUUAAAAGAUUGUGUAUUGAAAAAUGCAGAUUUCAUAGAAGGCAUUGUGGUUUAUGCUGGUCAUGAAACCAAAGCAAUGUUGAAUAAUGAUGGUCCUCGUUAUAAGAGGAGUAAAUUGGAAAAAUUAAUGAACCGGAAUGUUAUAUUUUGUAUAAUAAUGUUAAUCUUACUGUGUCUCCUUGGUGCUGUAGGUAAUGGAGUUUGGCUUAGCACCUACCAUGACAGAAACAUUGUGCCCUUUCUUCCUGGCUUUUAUUUGAACAAUAAUGCCGAAAUAUAUAAUGAAGCCUUUUUAAUAUUUUGGACUUUUGUUAUUGUUUUACAAGUCAUGAUUCCUUUGUCACUGUACGUAACCAUUGAAAUUAUUAAAUUAGGCCAAGUGUACUUCAUUCAUCAAGACUCCAGUUUUUUUGACAAGGCCUCUGGCAAGAAAUUGGAAUGCAGGGCUCUGAAUAUAACCGAAGAGCUCGGACAAGUAGAAUACGUUUUCUCAGACAAGACUGGCACUCUAACUGAAAAUAAUAUGGUGUUUAAGAGGUGCACAAUUAGUGGAGUUGAUUAUAGCCAUGACAGAACCUUUCCUGCCAAAUGUGAUGGAGAUGCUGCCAGUCCUGCUUGUGAUUCUGAUGAAAAAGGUGAUCUUGUUUUGAAUCCUAGUCUUGUAGAAGAAUUAUCUGAAAUGGAAAUUCAACUGCAUGUCAACUCAUCCACAACAGAAAUCACCCAUUUGUCUACACAUUCCCAACGAAUACAGGAUUUUUUCCUACUCUUAGCUCUUUGCAAUACAGUUGUUGUUGCAAAAUAUCCUCACAAAGAUCAAAUGAAUUCCAGUGGUUUGUUUCUAAAUCACGCCACUCCCAUUGCAAAUAGAAUGUUGAGGGGUUCUGCAGAUGGAUGGGAGAAUUCUAAUGAUAAAUACGCCCAUCUCUUGAGUGAAGCAAGUACGCCAGCCAGCUCUACUACUUCAACACCUAUCAAGAGACCUCGCAAUCUUACUCUUCCUUUACACCUAGGUUUAGGGCACUGCACAACACCCACACCUUCCCCUUUAGAAUUCAGACCAAUAUAUGAAGCUGAAAGUCCUGAUGAAAUAGCACUGGUAGAAACGGCUUUCAGCUAUAACUGUCGGCUUUUACGACGGACACCUGAGUCAGUAACAGUUGCCUUGCCAGGUGAAGGCCUUAUUGAGUUCAAAUUGUUGCAUGUUCUUCCAUUUGAUGCGACUCGUAAGAGGAUGUCAGUCAUUAUACAGCAUCCGAUCACUGGUGAAAAAAUUCUUCUCUGCAAGGGAGCUGACUCUGCCAUUUUGUCACACCUAGCACCUAGUCAAAGUAAAACUAUUAGGAACAUGAUAUUUAAAACAGAGCAACAUUUAAACAAUUAUUCAAGAAAAGGCCUUCGGGUUUUAUGCAUGGCUAAGAAAAUAAUAUCUCCUGAAGAGUAUAAAGUGUGGCUUCCUUGCCAUUUAGCUGCUGAACUUUGUAUUGAAGAUAAAGAUAAGAAACUGUAUCAGUCUGCAUGCAACAUAGAGAGGAAUCUUGAACUACUGGGUGCUACUGGUAUUGAGGACAAGCUGCAGGAUGGUGUACCUCAAACCAUCAGUUCCCUCAGGGCUGCUGGAAUUGUAGUCUGGGUACUAACCGGUGAUAAGCAGGAAACAGCUGUAAAUAUUGCUUAUUCUUGCAAACUCUUUUCUUCUGAUAUGGAGGUUUUAACACUAAAUGCUAGAUCUAAGGAAGCUGCAGAAGACACAUUGGAAUUCUAUUUAGAUCAAAUCAAGAAAGACAUAGUGACUCAAGAGGGUUGCACUUACGACCCAUCCUUAAAUUCUAGUGCCUCUGGUAGUGCUCUGAGGCAUUUUUUCUUCACUCCAAGAUUAUCAGUUGCCUCUGUGCACCAAGACAAGAGGCGGCGUGCUCUAGUCAUUGAUGGCCGUACACUCUCGUACGUCCUAGAUAAGCCACUUGAUAAGCUAUUCCUUAGCCUUGCACAACACUGCACUUCUGUGCUAUGCUGCCGAGCAACGCCACUGCAAAAGGCAUACAUAGUCAGCUUAGUCAAAGAAACUUUAGAUGUGUUGACUCUUGCCGUAGGUGAUGGUGCCAAUGAUGUGAGCAUGAUUCAAACGGCAGAUGUUGGUGUUGGAGUGAGUGGUAAAGAAGGCAUGCAAGCUGUUAUGGCAAGUGACUUCACAAUUGUACGUUUCAAGCAUUUGGAACGCCUCUUACUAGUCCAUGGUCACUGGUGCUAUGAUCGUUUAGCGAGGACCAUUUUGUACUUUUUUUACAAAAAUUCUACAUUCAUAUUUAUCAUUUGUUGGUACCAAUGGUACUGUGGGUUUAGUGCCAACGUCAUGAUCGACCAAAUAUAUCUCAUGCUGUACAAUGUCAUGUUCACCUCACUGCCCCCUCUCGCACUGGGUAUCCUAGACAAAGACUGCCCAGACCAUCUGCUGCUCAAGUAUCCUGUUCUCUAUCGUCAAGGACGAAAAGGAGAAGUUCACACAAAGUACUCAUUUUGGGUGAAUAUGUUAGAUGCUAUUUAUCAGAGUAUUGCAACUUUCUUCAUUCCUUAUAUGGCGUAUUAUGACUCUGAUGUUGGAAUUUGGGAAUUUGGAACCACCAUCUGCACUGCUUGUGUUAUUGGGCAGUUAUUGCAUUUAGGUAUAGAAACUAGAUCGUGGACCCUUCUCCAUCUGGUGUCACUGACGAUCAGCUUCUUUUUGUAUUUCGGUUUUGCUCUCAUCUACAAUUAUAUUCCCGCCAUGAGUGCCGGUAAGGAAGGACUGCAGAAUCCUUACUGGGUCAUAUACCAUGCAAUAUGCUCAUCUGGUAUAUUUUGGUUCUGCAUUAUACUGGCACCUUUGCUCUCUGUUCUACCAAGAUUCAUGUUACGCUCAUUUCAAAGUAGUAUGUUUCCCUCUGAUGUGUCCAGGACUAUUCGUGUGCACAAAAAAGAAGAAGCAGCCUCUGAGGUGUCCACAGUGUCCGUCGCUUGGUCUAAGGACUCCAGCAACGAGUCUUCCAUUGAUAUACCCAUUCAUCAUGACAAAGGACUCCAAUCAGAGCAAAGACUCUCUAUACAAAGUGACUGCCGUGAAGUCUCAAUCGAGUCAUACUCCAUAAAUUCUUCUUCUAGUUAAUUACAUUUUCUUGAUUGCUGUUUUUAUAGUCAUUUGCCAAUUAUAUGUUUCAAAUUGUCUCAUUAAACUAAUUCUGUUCGUACAAAAUUGUUACAUGUUAGAUAUAUUUAAUAUAUAUGCACUAAUUUAGGAAUAUUCACAUAAGUAUGAAUUAUUUUGAUGAAAAGCGGGUAUGUCAAACACUUAUGGGCUGAAUGUGGCCUGUCUACUAGUCAAAUAUGACCUGUGAAAUGCUGAUAAAAAAAAUUGUUAUUAACUAUCAUGCAUCCAUAACAAGAAUAAUUAUUAUAUUUUGUAUGCAUUUUUUUAGUUAAAAAAACUGCUCAUUGUGUUAUUAUUCUUGUUUUGGCCUUUUUAAGGUGUAUCAAGUUUGACAUACCUGAUGUAAAAUGAUUAAUUGAAUGUUGCUUAGCUUAUGCUUUGAUUAAUGACCCAUACAUAUAAAGAAAACUUUUUUUCAAAUCCAUAAAAAGUUGUCACUGUGGUUACAUAUCUGUUAAAAAAAAUUUUUAUGUCAAAGUAAAAAAUAUUUAUGUGAUCCAGAGUAUGCUAAAUGUUUUAAUUUUAUUAGGGAUGGUCACAUUUUUUUUUUUUUAAUUUCUUUUAAAUCAUAAAUAUAAAACAAAGUUUAGACCCAACCAGAGAACCAUCAUUCAGAAUUGUCAAUAUUAUUAUUACACAUUGAAAUAUAACAUUUUAGUCUACCUUCCUUUAUAUGAACAGCUCAAUUUAACCUGAAAUUUACGUCACCUUACGUAUUGAUAAGGUGAAAAUAUGCAUUUUUGGUAAGGAAAAUUAAGAUUUUCCAUUAGAGACAAAUAUUUUAUAUUUGAUAAUAAUUUUUUUCGCUGUUACUUUACAUUUUUGAAAUUGAAAUCUGAAAUU